GCAGCAGGUGCAGCCUAUCAACAAUAACAACGGGAUCAGCUAACGGUACUCCAGUACUUCCAGACGCAAUGCACCGACUAUUGUUCGUGUUUCUAGCCGCUUCCGGGGCGUCUGUCCUCGGCCUCCCCGGGCUGGGUGUGUCCCGGGCGGCCGGGCCCUGCCUCGCCCCGCUGCAGUGGGAGGGCAGGUGGGUCCUGUACGACCACAGCACCGGGAGGAACAGCCGAGCCGCCGUCUCCUACGACGGCCAAAACCAGAGGAUCCGAGUCCUGCAGCAGCACAAGAAGCACACCCCGUGUCAGAAGUUUUUUGAGUACAUCUACUUGUACCAGAGCAUGGUGAUGUUCCAGAUUGACCAGAAGACCAAGGACUGCGCAAAGAUCGCUCUGACGGAGGCCUGGGAUCCCUUUGACAUCCCAGACAACUCCACCUUUGAGGACCAGUACAUUAUUGGAGGCCCUGGGGACAACAUGGAGGUUCAGGAGUGGUCAGACAGGAAGCCGGCACGCCAGCAUGAGACCUGGGUGGGCGUUUACACCCUGAAGGACUGCUACCCGGUGCAGGAGACCUACACCAGGAACAGCAGCGUCACCACCUCCACCCGCUUCUUCAACCUCCAGCUGGGCAUCAGCGACCCUAACGUCUUCACCCCACCCAGCACCUGUCAAUCAGCUCGACCCAAGAGGAUGGUGGAGUCCAACUGCUGAGGCUCACCUUUAGAUACUUAACAGCAUUCUGAGUCCGAAAUCACUCCCGCAUUCACUCAUUCACUCUUUACGUAACAGAAGCUCAAUAGUUCACUCACAAUGAGCAGUAAACUGAGAUUUCGGACACUUUUACAUCUUCAUUUUGUGUCAGAGUUUACGGGUGUAGUGUAACUUUUGCAUCUGUAAAAUCUGGUGCAUUGUGUUUUUGGGAUUGUAAGCGGAAAGAAUUCAGACAGCUAAAUAAAAUGGUGCAUGGUAAACAUAGCGCACAAUAUGGUAUAAAAGGGAGUGACUUCGGACGCAGUCUUUGUUUAGUGUUUUAUAGAAUUGUUUGUUAAUUUGCUGCUAAUAUGCUAAACUAUUAUCCGGACCAAUGAGCCCUUCGAGCUGCAAUCUAACAAACUAGCUCAUUUGGGAUCCUUAAAGGUCCAGUGUUUAGGAUUUAGUAGCAUCUAGUGGAGAGGUUGCAGAACUGAAACUUCUCCAGUGUGCCAAGCGUGUAGGAGAACUACUGUGGUCGACGCAAAAAAUGCGAAUGGCCCUAUCUACAGCCAGUGUUUGGUUUGUCCAUUCUGGGCAAGGUCUGGGAGAGGACCCGCUCCCUAGCUAGACCUAAAUGUCUCAUUCUAAGGUAACAAAAACACAACAAUUAUUAGUUUCAGGUGAUUAUACAUUAAAGAAAACACACUUAUUAUAUUAUAUUUUUGACAGUAUAUUCCCCUAAAUCAUACGCACUGGACCUUUAAAUGAUUAGCUUCAUGCUAAAAAAAAAGUGACUUUUAGUGUUAUUCUGGCACUCUUCAUUGCAGCCAGUUCCCAGAGGUGUGGGCAUGAGUCACAUGACUUGACUUGACUAAAUCAAAAGAACUUGCAACUCAGCUUGGACUUAAAUGACUACACUUGGACUUGAGCCUUUUGACUUGAAAAUACUUCAUACCUUACCCCAAGCCAAUUUCCUGAAGAGAAAGUUCAACAUAUUUUUUCCAAUAUGACAUGAAUUAGAUAAAACAACACGGCACAGAAACAUGUCCAAUUGAAUUCUUCUGUGGUUUUGGUUAAUAGAACUUUAUACUACAAAGUGGUCAGGAUGAGGGUCACCACCUCCAAGUUUGAGGCCGUGGUUCUCUGCCGGAAAACGGUGGAUUGGCCCCUCUGGGUUGGGAGUGAGUUACUGCCUCAAGCAAAGGAGUUCAAAGAGGUCACGUGUGAGGGUAGAAUGGAGCAUGAGAUGCAUUGGCGGUUUGGCGUGGUGUCUGCAGUGACGCAAGCGCUGCGCCGGACCAUCGUGGUAAAGAAAGAGCUGAGUCAGAAGGCAAAGCUUUCGAUUUACUGGUCCAUCUAUGUCCAAAGUCUCACCUAUGGUCAUGAGCUCUGGGUAGAUACAGAAAGAAUGAGAUGGCGGAUACAAGCAGCCGAAAUUAGUUUAGAAGUUUCUGAAAUUAAUUUAUAGAUGCAUCUGGAGAGAGCUCGGAGUAGAGCCGCUGCUCCUUUGCGACAAAAGGGUUCAGUUGAGGUGUUUCAGGCAUCUUAUCAGGAUGCCUCCUGGGCGUCUCCAGUUAGAGGUGUUCUGGGUAAGUCCAACUGGUAGGAGGCCCCGGGGCAGACCCAGAACGCGCUGGAGGGAUUAUAUGGCUCAUCUGGCCUGGGAACGCUUUGGGGUCACCCAGGAGGAGCUGGAAAGCGUUCCUGGAGAGAGGGAUGUCUGGAGUAUUUUGCUGACCCCACGACCCGGCCUCAGUUAAGCGGUUGAAAAUGGUUGGAUGGAUGGAUACAGUGAAAGUAUAUUGUUGGCACUACUUUUCCAUUUCUCUGUGCUGGCAAUAGCCGUGGCCGGAGGCAAUAUGUUCUCGGGUUGUACGUCCGUCCAUAUGUUCCACUCUCGUGAACAUGAUACGUCAAGAACACAUUAAGAACAAAUUUGGCACAAACGUUCAUUUGGACUUGGACAAUUAACCAAUUUGAUUUUGGUGGUUAAAGGUCAAGGUUGCUUUGACCUUGCAUCUAUCUCAUUCUCGUGAAAGUGAUAUCUCAAUAACACCUCAUGGGGAUUUUUCCAAAUUUGGCACAAACGUCCACUUUGACUUAACAAUCAACUGAUUUGAUUUUGGUGGUCAAACCUGAAAGGUCAGUGUAACCUCACAAAAUAUGUUUUUGGCCAUAACUCAAGAAUUCAUACACUCAUUGUGACAAAACUUCAAACACUUUCAUGUCUUCAUUUGGGACUUGACUCAGUACUUGAGUGCAAAGACUUGAGACCUACUUGUGACUUGUGAAACAAUGACUUGGUCCCACCUCUGCUAAUUCCCAAGCUACCAUGCCAUCAUAAGGCCAACAGUUGGGUUUUAGUGAAGCAUUGUGACUAUGUGCUAGCUUUUCCUAAUUUCUUUGCUCACGACAAACAGUUUGAUAUAAAUCCAAAUCAAUCAAAUGAAGUGCCUCAGAAUAAAAGUCACACAAUAAAAGACACAAUAAUAAAU